CAGUGCAGAGCGCGCAACCAAAAUGAAACGUGUGCAUAGGCUUUUUCGGUGUUUUGUGCGGGUUUUUAUUAUAACAUCCUGGCUCGUAUUCAAACCCGCACAAUGUGACCAGCAGCAAGUUUCUGUGUACUAUCCCAAUCGCGUCGUCUUCACGAAUGAAUCGAGACCGUUCACCGUACGAGUGACCCGGUUCGUCUGUACGGAAACGCCAUACGAAGUGUCGGAGCUGUUGCAGUGCAAAACUAUACUGCGGCGAAAUAGUCCAACAUUCUUUAAUAUAACGCUACACGUGCCGAAGGUGUUGACCGUCGUGUAUUUCCAGCUGAAAACAUACUACCGGUUGAACGAUUAUCAGGCUUUCCCAGUGGAUGUAUUAUUAGAAGCAUGUGCAUAUUUUCGUAACCCAUCGGAAGAUAUAUUUUCCCGCCAUGUAAUGUCUGUAUUGUUUGCAACCUCACCCCAACUGCUGUACUACUGUCCACAUGGUAACCGAACUUACAAUGUCGCUUACUGGCUGGAGGAUAAAUUCUUUCCCAAGUCGGUGCCAGCCGGAGACUAUCGAAUGGAUGUUUGGUUUCGUGAUGAGCUAAACAUGACUCUAAUUUCAUAUCAAGCUUACUUUUCUGUGCGCCGAAGGGGUGUAUGGCGUUCUUUGCUCGAGUGGUAGAAACAUAUGGAAUCGCGCGAUACACAUAUUCUUCGAUAAACAUAAUUGUUUGAAUAUGUUAAAGUUAAGCCGGGAUUUUUUUUUUCCUUUAAGUAGUUUUGGCUAGGGUUAGGUACGACUAUGUGACAUAGCAAAACAUUGAUGCUCUGAUUCUCUGACGAAAUUAAAAACUUAUUCCGUAAAACACGUAUC